AUGCACCAUCCUUCCAGCCUCUUCCUCCUGGCGGGGACCCUUCUCCUCUUGCACCAGCUCCCUCUUGCACCUGCCAAGCUCAUUGUGGGUGAGUGGCGCCUCCCCUUUCCCUUCAGCGCUCUAUUCUCUUUAAACCAGCCCUUCCAAGUGUCCCCCAAUGCUCAGGGGUGACCCUGUUAACCUGCCUUGUCUCUCCUCAUCAUUAGCCUGGCCUUUUCUCCUGACACGUUUUUGAUUUUAUCAACCAACUAUGUUAAUAAGUCCAUUUUUAUCCUUUGUUGCAGGGCCCCUAAAAGGCAUGGGGCUCAUAGGUCAGUGCCUACUCUGCCUAUUUGGUCAUCUGGCACAGCUUUCCUUUAAUUGUGGCCACCAGCCUUCCUUCCCCUUUUGCAGCAGGGGGAAAAAGAAUAUGCUAGCUAUGCUAGUCUGCAUCAACAGAGGUCUGGUGUCCAGAUGAAGGGAAGGAAAAGUACCACCCUUUUCUGCCUUUGUUGGACCCCCACCUACAGCACUGUGUCCAGUUCUGGGUGCCACAGUUUAAGAAGGAAGUGGACAAGCUGGAACAUGUGCAACUGAGAUGAUCAAGGGUCCUCAAACCAAGCCUUAUGAGGAACAGUUGAGGGAGCUGGGUAUGAUUAGCCUGGAGAAGAGGAGACUGACAGGUGAUCCCAGAGCAACCUUCAAAUAUCUGAAGGGAUGCCAGAUGGAUGAUGGAGGGGUAGGAUCCGAACCAAUGGUGACAAGAAAGGAGAUUCCUAAACAUUAAGGAGAACUUUCUGAGAGUAAGAGAUGUUUGACAGUGGGACAGACAAGGUGGUGGGCUUCAACUUUUGCCUGGUCAAAAAUGAGCCACACAAAUAACUCUGGGUGUUCAUUGGCCUUAGGAACACAGGAAGCUGCUCUUCCUGUCAGUCCAUGGAAUCAUAGAAUUGUAGAGUUGGAAGGGACCUCAAGGGACCUCUAGUCCACCCCCUGCAAUGCAGGAAUCUCAGCUAAAACAUCCAUGCCAGUUGGCCAUCCAACCUCUGCUUAAAAACCUUCUCCCAAGGGAGACCAUACCACUGUCAAACAGCUCUUACCCUCAGCAAGUUCUUCCUUCAUCGGAAUCUCCUUUCUACACCACCCUGAGUGGCCAGUGCCUUUCUAGGGUGUCAGGCAGCUAAUUGUCCAGUAUUUCAUUGAGACAUAUUGUUGCACUGUGAAAUAUCCAGAAGUCUCUGGCGACAGCAAACCAACUGCAUUUCUGGUGGCAUUUGAGUCUGUUGAGGUGGCCAAGUGAAAGGAGAUGCAGGGUCUGCUCCUGCACCUCCAACCCUGAUGGAGAAAGGGGGGCUUCAGCGGGCGACACCAGGCUGCACAACUCUUUGAGACGCAACUUACAGUACGCUUCUGACUUCCUCUAAGAACCUCAUGCAUGUGUCUCCCUGCAGCUUCAUCAGGGGGCUUGAUCCUCACUGGGACACAAUGCCACCAAAGCCUGUUUCGAAUGGCAGAUAGGGUGGUGCUACCUGCUGGGCUUUUGUGGUAAGACAGGAGAAAUACUUUCAGCCCAAUCUGAGAAUCAUAGAAUUGUAGAUUUGGAAGGAAUUCCAAGGGGUUUCCAGUCCAUCUCCCUGCAGUGCAAGAAUCACAGCUAAAUAAUUCCUGACCAGUGACCAUCCAACCCCUUUUAAAAAACCUCCCCCCCAAAAAAGCCUUCUUAGAAAGUCCAGUCCACUGCUCAACAGUUCUUACUGUCAGAACUUUCCCCCUAACAUUUAGCCAGACCCUCCUUUCUUGUCAUCUGAAUCCAUCGAUUCAGGUCCUCUCCUCUGCAGCAGCAGAAAGCAAGCUGCGCUUGUGGGGCUGCCUUCAGAGGACUUUGCAAGUCUAUUGCUAGUGUUGCUCCUCCAACAUCAGAAGUUCUGGGCUCUAAAUUCUGUAUAUUGUUUUCGAUUCUGUUGCAUCUCUUCUUGUCCCGCAGAUAUCUGCAGACUUCCUCCUCAGAGAGGCAACUGUCUGGCCCUGUUCAUUCGCUGGUACUACAACCCGAGGGUCGGGAGGUGCCUGGUUUUUAUUUAUGGGGGCUGCUUAGGGAAUGCCAACAACUUCCACAGUCGCAGCGCCUGUGAACGGCGGUGCAUGCGCCCAGGUAAGACCCCGAGACAAAUGCUCAGGUGGAGGCGGAGGGAGGAGCCAAAGAUUUUCAGCCAAAAUCAUUGGAAUAAGUGGAGCUGUGAGAAUAAGAGGGUUGGACCAAGAAGAGAGGUCCUCGUGCUGAUCAGGAACAGGUAAAGAAACAUGAAGCAGAGAGCAGGAAUAUUUGGAGGGAUGUAGAAAGUGGGGUCCCCAAGGAUUGGCGUUGGGACCUGAACUUGUUGACAUGUUCAUAAGUGGCCUAGAAUUAGGGGGGAGCAGUGAGUUUGCUGAUGGUAGUUUCAGAAUUAAGAAGCGAUUGUGAAGAGCUCCAGAAGACCUCUCCAAACUGAGUGAAUGUGAGGUAAAAUGGCAAAUGCAAUUCAGUGUAAACAAGAGUCAAGUGAUUCACAUUUAAGACCACUCCAAAAUUGCAAUUGCACAUAGAUGUUCAUAGGGUCUGGACAGGUGGUGACUGACCAGGAGUAAGACCUAGAGGACAUAGCAAAUAAUUCAGUUAAGGUCUUGACUCAUUGGGCAGCAACUACAAAAAUGGCAGAUUCCAUCCUAGGGAUCACUAGGAAAUGAAUUGGAAAUAACAUGUUAAAUAUCAUGAUGCUGUUCAUUGUGGCUCCUGUCCAAUGACAGAGGUGUUUACUUGCAAGUAAAGAAAGUAAGCUUUUAGCACAGCAGUCCAACGAUACAAACUCAGCAGCUAGGAAAGAGCAGAGGAAAUGCAACAAUAAACCCAACAGGUUUCUCCUCCUCCCCACCAGUCUUUAAGCAGAGGUGGUGAAGGCUCAGCUACUCACAGAAAUCCCUGUCCCUGUGAGCCUUCCUGACCUGGAGGCAAGCUGUUUCCCAAGGUGGAGGGGGGAGUCUCCUUCCUAUUCUCUAUGUGUCACCUCUCCCUGAUAGGAAGCCCUUCUUACAUUUUGGAAAUUAAAGACUCAUGAACGCCAGGAGGGUCAACAGGAAGGUCUCUCAAUGCUGGCUGCAAAAGUCUCUGGCCCGGAGAGAGAGAGAAUGGCCACACACUGCAUGGGGUGGAAAGAAAAUGAUGGCAGGAAAAGUCACUGAAGCCAACAAGUGUUCUGAGACGUUUUGGGUUACUUAUCAUAAAUCAGCCCACAUAGUUUGCUUGUUAGGAAGGGCUUGCAGUUUCCCAGGGGGUCAUACCAGCGAAGGAGUCAGCCUGCCCCAUGUUCUCUUCCAGCAACAACUCUUCCAGUCAAGCCUGGCACAUGUCCUGCUCGGGUUGAAGGUGAGGUGAUGUGUGGCCAGUUCUGCUCCACGGAUGCCAGCUGCCCAGGGAAUGAGCGCUGCUGCCGGACCAUCUGUGGGCGACAGUGCCGGCUCCCUUCCGAAGGUAAGGGCAAAGGGAGGUUGCCGUUCUGGUUUCAGGGACCCUCGGACAGGAGAUGCCAGGAGAGAAGAAGACCAGCACCCAACUAAGGCGCCCUUGGCAACUCAUCUCCAUAGACCCUCUCAUCUUGUGCCAGGGAUGGGGAAAGUGUGGUCUUUGGGAUGUUGCUGGACUCUAGCUCCCGGCAUCCUCUGCAGCCAGCAUGGCCAAUGGUCAGGGAUGUGGGAAGUGGAGUCUAAAAACAUCUGGAGGGUUAGAGUUGUCCUCCGCGGCUGGAGGCAGAAAUAUUUCUGAAUCCCAGUUGCUAGAAACCACAAGAGGGGAGGGUGCUCUUGUGCUGGAGCCCUGCUUGCAGGCUGAGAUCUUGUUGGCCACUUUGAAAGCAGAAUGCUGCUCUGAUCCAGCAGCUUCCUCUUGCAUGUUCUUAGUGUCAUCAUGGCACAUCAGUCACAUACGAUCUGCCCAAAGGUUCUCUGUGGACUUUGCAGAAUCUCCUUCUGCCUUCCCAACUGUUGCUCCCUCUUCCUCCCCAGCCAUCCCCGGAUACUGCCCAAGAACGCAGCGCCGGCUGGACCGCCCCUGCUUGACCAGCUGCACAACUGACUUGGACUGUGGCUUCGGUCUCCACAUCCCAAGGAGGAAGUGCUGCAGAUACGGAUGCCACCAGCUGUGUGUAAAGGCUGAGGAAGGUACGGCUUUUCCAGCAAUGACAAAGAACAGCUGGGCGAUGUGUGAGAACCCAAUAAGAAUGAAAGAACAAAGUGGUUGGGUGCCACUCCCUGACUCUCCACUCCCAUGGAUGCCAAUGGGGAUGGGGGGGGGUAUCAUUCCGUUUGCAUUUAAAGGCAAAACAACCUAAUUCACACUUGCUGAACUAAGACACCAACCGAAAUGCAGCUCUCUGUUAAAGUUCACAAUUGUCUGGAUUUUGUGAUGCAACUCUGCAACAGAAAAUUCCUUACCGAAAGGAGAAGGGUGCAAAACAGUACAGUGGUACCUCUAGUUGAGGAUGCGAUCCGUUCCGGGGUGCUGUUUGCACCCCAAAAAGUCCACAACUAGAGCGGCACUUCUGUGCACGUGUGGAGCGUGAUAGAGUGGUUUUGCUCAUGUGCGAAGCAUGCAGAAUGCUUCUGAGCAUGCACAAAGCGUACAGAAUGCUUCUGCGUGUGCGGCGUGGCAAAGCCCGUUAGUAUACACUUCCGGGUUUGCUGCGUUCGCAACGUGAAAAUUCACAACGUGAAGCAAACGCAAGAAGAGGUAUGACUGUAGUAGAAAUAAUGUACAAAACUGCAGUGUAUCAGAGGGAAUUUCGUGCAAACAUUGGCAACAUUGCAUACCCCAGUUUUCAUGAACUGUUGUGCAAAGUGAUAGGGAAAUGGAGAGAAUGUUCAGGGUAAAGGAGAAAUAAGUUUGGAAAAGAGAAAGCCCACCCUGACAGAUUGCUCUAUCCUUCAGUAUCAAGAUGUGUUAUGGUUAAGGGCAGGGAAGAAACGAGAUUCAGCUCACAUUAAAAAUCAAGCCUCUUUCCUUCAUGCUUUCCAAAACAAUAUGCAAACUGAAACACAACCAUCCUACAAAAUUCACACAGCUCCCAAUUUUGCAAUACAGUUCUCCAACCAAGGAAUGUAAACAAAAAUGCAUAUGACAGGGUAAAGUGUGCAUUAAAAAGGCAUAGGUUUGUGAAAACAACAUACAUAAAUGUAUUGUAUUAAGGAAAUUUUUCUUUGCAAAAGCGUGUAUAUUAAGCAUUCCAGGCCUGAGUUGUGUGUGAGAGAGAGGGGACUACAUUUCCACCAUCCUGAUUUCAGAACCCUUAUUCUUGCAAAAAUGCUAGGUCUUGUGUCUGCAGCUCUGAAAGCCCAUUGAGAUCGUCAGGAGGAAGACGAUCAGUCUUCCUGGCAGCUGCUGGGAGGAAGGAGACUCAGAAUCUCCAUUGGGCUUUCUCAGCAAAAGUAUGGCUGGUUGUAGAGCCUCCUUGGUCAGGGGCAGUGUGCUUCUGCUUACCAGCUGCUGGAAAUGGAGGGCUGUUGCCCUCAGGUCCUGCUUGUGGGCUUCUCCAAUGAGGCAUCUGGUUGGGCACCAUGAGAACAGGAAGCUGGACUAGAUGGGCUCUUGGCCUGAUCCUACCACAGAGCUCCUCCUAUGUUCUUGACUAGGCUCAUGUCUCACUGGGCACCAACAAAGCUUCUCCUUGUAGAAUCAUGCAACUGUAGAGUUGGACAGCCAUCUAGUCCACACACACACACACACACACACACACACACACCGUGAUUCAGGAAGCACAGCUAAGCUACUGUAUUUUUCGCUCCAUAAGACGCACCUUUUUCCUCCUAAAAAGUAAGGAGAAAUGUCUGUGUGUCUUUUGGAGCGAAUGUGUGGUCGAUCGCUGGCUCCCUUUCCGGCUCCUUGCCCAGGCCUCUAUUGUUGAAUGUUCUGCAGACAGAGGCUGUUUGUUCCCCCAGCGACAUGUGACUGGCUGAUUAGAUUAUCUGUCUGGAAACUGUAGAAACGGCUCCCUUUCCUUUCCUAAAGAAGCUGCAGAACUGUGAGUUGAACCCCAUAAAAACAGGAUUUUUUCCCUUUGCAAAGUAAGCUCAACACCUUUGAGCUGAUCCUCAAAAAACAGGGCUUUCCCCCUUUCCUCCUCUAAAAGCUAGGCACGUCUUAUGUCAGGUGCGUCUUGUGGAGCGAAAAAUACAGUAGUUCUCUUCUCCAACUCUUUUCUUCCAGAGCACCCUGGCGUGUGUCCCAAAAGGGAACUGGUGUACACCUUUGCGCCCUGCAAUGACACCUGUAAAGAUGACCGAGACUGCCCCCUCAAACAGAAGUGCUGCUUCACUGGGUGCAGCCUGGGCUGCCUGGACUCAGGUACUGGCAAAGCCACACCCCUUUCCUCACACCUUUUCCUCUUGGGGUACCCGGGCAGUAACACAGAGCUAGUCAGCCCACACCCCAAACCUUCCAUUCUUCUUCCUACAGUCCGUAGUGACCGGUGCCAGUUGCCUCCUGAUGGUGGACCGUGCUACGCCUACAUGCCACGAUACUACUACAGCCCGUCGCGGAAGAGGUGCCUGCGGUUCAUCUACGGCGGCUGCAGGGGCAACAGCAACAGGUUCAAAACCAAGAAGGCAUGCGAGAAGGCCUGCGGGAAAAUCAGCCCAGGUACAGCGCAUGCCUUUCAUGCACUGCCAAAACCUCCUUGAAAGGGAGUCACAGCCCACAUGUCAGAGGAACACAAUUGUGCUCAAAGAGGCUUCUUAAAAGGGCAGGUCCACAUGAUGCAUUCUAAGCAUCUCUUCAAUGCACAUUUAAAGCAUGUGACUUCCCCCACAGAAUCCUGGGAACUGUAGUUUGUUAAGAGGACUGGAAAAGAUGGCUCUGUGAAGGAAAGCUGAAGUUCCCAGGAUGCUCUGGGGGGAAGUCAUGUGCAUUGAGUUUGCUUUUGGGAAUAUUAUUUAUUUGUUUAGCCAAAGCCACUGCAAAACAAAAUACAUUAAACAGAACCGUGUAAACACUGCACAGCUAAAAUAUUUAUUAAAAUCAGGCGUUCUGUCAGAUAAGGGUCUGCUCCCCUGAAGAAUUUAACUUACCAUUCCCACAAAUUUUUGUCCUUAAAAUUGCAGAUCUAAGGGCAAAACGAGCCUCUUUUUCAGAGGUAUUGGGGGGCCUGUCCUCCAAUAAAAUCCGAUACCCAAUCAAUGGCUCAACUAUGAGAUUUAAACCUUUGAACAAGGUUGCUCUUCAGUCUUCAUAGAUUGAGCAAACCAGGAAGUUGUAGGGUAAAUCUUCAGCCACAUGACCAAACUCUGCAUUCAGAAGGAAUCUGGCGAUAUUGUCCUUCAACUACGGCAGUGUGCGUGGGGCUGGAAGUGUGGGGCUGUAAAGGCUUUCACCAUUUGACAAUUUAACCUACAUGACUUUCUCCCGCCCUUCUGUUCAGGUCCAGUUCCUGUUCUUGCGUGCGUACUUACUCUUUAUUACUGCUGUUAUUUAUUACAUUUUUAUACUGCCCUGUAUCCACAAUUUCAAGGCAGCUCAUAACAUAAAACCACAAUAUAAAAACACAAAAUAGAUAAUAAAAAUAAAAGCAAGAACAACCCGACUCCCCAACACAUUGUAAAAGGUCAUAGGAUGUCAAUCAACCAAAGGCCUGGUUAAAGAGGAAUGUUUUUGUCGGGUGCCUAAAGGUGUAUAAUGAAGGCGCCAGGCAAACUUCCCUGGGGGUAGCAUUCCAUAGAUGGGGAGCCACUGCAGAGAAGGCCCCGUUCUCGUGUUGCCACCCUAUGGACCUCUUGAGAAGGAGGCACACGAAGGAGGGCCUCAGAAGAUGAUCUCAGGGUCCGAGUAGGUUCAUAUGGGGAGAGGCAGCCUUUUGCCUCCCAUUGAUGUAUGAGUUAUUUCUAUAUGGUGCUAAUGCUUUUGCUCUCUUGUUUUUUUAUGGGCAGAGAGGGGUGUUUUAUGUCGACUUUAUAUUCUGCAUUCAUUUGCUAUACAAUUGUGUGUGUGUGUAUCCACCACCACUUUUUCUACUUCCACCCCAGAGGUUUGCGAGCUGCCCAGUGAGACUGGCCCAUGUCGCGCUUACUCAGAAUUCUUCUACUACAAUUCAACUCUUUCCUCCUGCAAGAAGUUUGUUUAUGGCGGUUGCAAAGGGAAUGACAAUCGGUUUUACACGAGGCUGGAGUGCAAAAUGGUCUGUGGAACUUCAAGUAAACCAGGUGAGAAACAAAGAGGAUCUGUCCUUCAGGAAUGGGACUGGCUUGGGAAACAGACAGGAGGCAGGGUCUCCAACAUCUGCCCUGCUGGCCACGGACUCUUGUGUGCCAGUUCAAGGCAAGAGUCUCCUUCCUGCCCUUUAACUGUCUCUCUUUCCUUUCCACAGCAAACUCCACCACAACAUCUGACUGAGUCAUUCAUUGACAUAUUCCCUUGUCUGCACGAUUCUCCAGACUGACCCCUCAAAGUCCGAGGAAGAGACACCAACCUGGUACCCUGCCCUGGGGCCCUCGCCUCCCUCCCACCUCCACCUUCAGGGAGGCUGGUGGGGUCAACUCUGCUCUCCAAAAAUAAAGACAUGAGAUGUUCGGCUG